UUCCGUAUUGCCGCCAAGUUUGGACGCAUUCGCUCCGCUCUUGUCGCUUCCAAAGUUCGCGCCGUUGUCGUUAUAGUCGUCGUCGCCACCGCCGCCUUUAUUUUGAUAAUAAGAAGCGCAAGUGCAGCAAAGCCAGCACAACAAGCGGAUAAACAAAAUUAAUGGCAAUUCGCGUAAUCAGCCGCGGGCCUCGCACAAACCAAAACAAAGUGAACCGUAAAUUUUUGUAUAAUAUUUCGAAAGCAAAACAACGAUCCAAUGAUGCGUGUGGGACAACAACAUAAACAAUAACAACUCAAAGAAGAGAAUCCAAAAAAAUACCCAAUAAACCAAAUUCAAAAUCAAAACGAAGACAAAAACAAACACAAGAAAAAUAUCAUAUCUAGAAUCAAGUUAAUGAAACAAUCUGAAAUCGCGACACGUACGACAACAACUACCCAUAGUAUACAGAGUAUAUCAGGCACUCGAACAUAAAUCUAUUCCACGCUUUUAUAAUACCUAACGAUCUAUCAGAAAACACUAUAAACUCGAACCCAAACUUUACAAUGGAACAAACGCGCAGUGUCUUUAGUAAACAGUCCAAGGAUGUCGAGUUUCAGGAUGUUUUCUACACAGUGGAUCAGCGCACAAAUUUCUUUCGCAUCGCUGCGCAGCAACAAAUCUUGAAAGGCGUCAGCGGCAGCUUCCGCAGUGGGCAACUGUCGGCUAUAAUGGGCCCCUCGGGGGCCGGAAAGAGCAGUUUGUUGAAUGCGAUUUCGGGUUUCAGAACAACUGGCGUGAAAGGCAGCAUCAAGGUGAGGCGAGAUAAUGCCUGCUAUAUAACGCAGGAUGAUCAUCAUCAGACACUGCUCACUGUCGAGGAGCUGAUGAAUCUCUCAUGCGAUCUGAAAUUGAAGCAGCGCCACAAAAAGGAGGAGAUGCUGACGGAAAUACUCAAGAAUCUGAAUCUCAAUCAUCGUCGCAACGUCACCGCCGAGCAUCUGAGCGGCGGGGAGCGCAAGCGACUAUCCAUUGCGCUCGAACUGGUCGAUAAUCCCAACAUCUUCUUUCUCGACGAACCGACAAGUGGGCUGGAUGAGGUGACGGCAGCCCAGUGCAUCCGUCUGCUGAAGGCAAUGGCCCGCGAGGGUCGCACCAUUGUCUGCACCAUACAUCAGCCAUCGGCCACUAUCUACAACUGCUUCGACAGCAUCUAUGUGCUGGCCAAGGGUCAGUGCGUGUUCCAGGGCACUCCGCAAGCCACAAUACCUUUUCUGCGUUUGGCCCAGAUCGAUUGCCCACGGCACUACAGUCCCUCGGAUUACAUUAUUGAGGUAAUUGAUGCUGAGGAAGGACAUCUGGUGCCGUUGCUCAGCGAGCUGACAGAGAAUGGCAAACUGACUUAUCAUACCAAGCAGCCGGACUUGACGCUGGAGCCUCAGCAGGCCAUCACAACUCUGUUCGUGGAGCAGCCGAAGCGUCAAUUCUUGCCCGCAUUCUUCGCCGGCUCAGCUGCCUCCACAGACGGCACAUUGAUGGGCGCUGCUGGCGCUUUGCUGGAACAGGUGAAAGUGUUCUCGCAGCAUCUGCAUACAGAGCGACGCGACAUCUCUGGGGUGCAGCAGUUUCUAGUGCUGAUGCGUGUUAUGCUGUUGCGCACCAUGCGUGCGCGACUAGCAUUGGCCAUCCAGCUGAUCCAUCAUACGCUGUGUGGCCUUUUCUUUGGGCUGAUCUUCUUCCAGCUGGGCAAUCAGGGCGGACGCAUGUUCGAUCAUCUAAAGUUCUGCAUUGGCGCGGUGCUCAUGAUUGUCUACACCCAGGUGAUGGUGCCCAUACUCAGCUAUCCCGCCGAAGUGAAGAUAGUCAAAAAGGAAACCUUCAACCGUUGGUAUUCGCUUAUGCCCUACUAUAUGGCGUUGAGUGUCUCGCGGCUGCCGCUGCAGGUGCUUCUCAAUCUUACAUUCAUGGCCAUGACUUAUUGGAUGUCUGGACUGCCUGAGCAGUUGUGGCGCUUCUGCAUUUUUGUGGCCGUUGGUCUCAUGAUCUCCCUCGUGGCCGAGGGCAUGGGUCUGGCUAUUGGCGCUACCUUCAGUAUAACGAACGGCAGCGUGGUGGGUCCCAUGAUUAUAGCACCGCUCAUGGGUCUUGCUAUUUAUGGCUUUGAUUUUGCCUCCCAAAUUCCUGGAGCCAUGAAUCUGUUGAUGAAGUUUAGCUAUGUGCGCGUGGGCGUGGUGGCCUUAAUAUUGGCCGUGUUUGGUUUCCAGCGUGAGGAACUGGACUGCGAUGAGAUCUACUGCCACUUCAGCGAUCCGCGAGUGCUGCUGAAGUUUUUGGACGUCGACAAGGUAUCGAUACUUCAUCAGUUCGGGCUGCUGGCUAUGCUGAUGAUCUUCUUCCGUGUCAUUGUGUACAUCAGCUUGCGCAAGCGCUGCUACACAUGAGCAGCAGCUAUAUAUAAUACAUAUGUAGUUAUAGGAAAAGUCUAUGCUGUGAUUUGGUUUUAUACACUCACAUGUAGUGGAGGUGCCUAACUAGUAAUAUAAACUUAACUUACAGUUGUACAUAAUUCUAACAGCUUAAUGUAUUUUGUGCUCAGUUGAUUGCCCCUUGUAAACAUUAAUUUAAGUUGGUGCUUAGAUACCCAUUAGUAAUAUAAAUAUCUGAUAACCAUAUCAGUUCCAAGUAUAUCUACCUAAGGUAAAAUAUGUUGACAUAUAUCGGCGCACUUUCAAUGCGUGGUACGUAAGCUUAUUUUUUGUAAGAUUUCUGGUAAUAGUGACAUGUACAUAUA